GCCAAGCGAAGGGGAAUGAAGAUGGCAGGGCGUGUAGAGCCCUUUGCGACGGCCCCCGAGGCCAGAGCUUAUUCAAGUCUUGACCCUUAGGUCUCUCUAUGGAACCAAAAAUUUCCUGUGACCUUCAGUGCAGACAAGAAGGCUGGUGUCAGAGGGUUCCUUUUAGAUCAACAACUUCAGAUUCUCACCAUGAAUAAAUCAGAGAAGACCGAAGUGGUUCUCCUUGCUUGCGGUUCUUUUAAUCCAAUCACCAACAUGCACCUUAGGCUGUUUGAGCUGGCCAAGGACUACAUGAAUGGAACAGGAAAAUACAGAGUUAUCAAAGGCAUAAUUUCUCCCGUCGGGGAUGCAUACAAGAAGAAAGGACUCAUCCCUGCUCACCACCGAAUUGUCAUGGCAGAACUUGCCACCAAGAAUUCACACUGGGUGGAAGUAGACACGUGGGAAAGUCUUCAGAAGGAGUGGGUAGAGACCGCGAAGGUGCUCAGACACCACCAGGAGAAGCUGGAGACUGGCCAUUGUGAUCACCCCCAAAACUCUUCUGCUCUGGAAAGGCCUGGUCGGAAGAGGAAGUGGGCAGAGCAGAGACAGGAUUCUAGUCCAAAGAAGCCCCUGGAGCCCAACCCAAAAGGUGUGCCCAGGGUGAAGUUGUUGUGUGGGGCAGACUUCUUGGAGUCCUUCGGUGUCCCCAACUUGUGGAAGAAUGAGGACAUCAUACAAAUCGUGGCAGACUAUGGGCUCAUUUGUGUCACUCGGACUGGCAGUGAUGCUCAGAAGUUCAUCUACGAGUCCGAUGUGCUGUGGAAACAUCAGAGCAACAUCCACCUGGUGAACGAGUGGAUCACCAAUGACAUCUCGUCCACGAAGAUCCGCAGAGCCCUCAGAAGGGGCCAGAGCAUCCGCUACUUGGUCCCAGAUCUUGUCCGAGAGUAUAUUGAAAAGCAUAAUUUGUACAGCUCUGAGAGCGAAGACAGGAACGUGGGGGUUAUCCUGGCUCCUCUGCAGAGGAAUGUUGCAGAAGCAAAGCACAGCAGUUCCACAGUGUGAGCGCUGGCUGCUUUUUUGAAGAUUUGAAACACCCUGGUGUCAGUAAAUCAGGGAAGGAAUUGUGAUCCUUUUUCAUAAACUAAAGUUUAAGGGUUUGGCAAAAAUCAACAGGGAAUUAAAAUCAAAUCUGUUUUUAAUCAUAGUUGCUAAAAUUAAUGUUUUAAAUAAGACCAUAUUUUUAAAGAAUGUAAUUCCCUUUAUCUUUAAGAUAACAGCUCACUAAAACAAGAAGAAAUUUCAAUGAUGCUGACUUUAAAUAAGUAAAAAAGGACAUAAUGGCUCUACUAUGCAAGAGAAGCAAAUUGCGAAAAGCCAAAAUCCACUCAAAAUCCUUCUGUUAGCCAGGCUCAGUGAUGCAUGCCUAUAAACCUGGCUACUCUAGGAACUGAGGCAGGAGGAUCACUUUGGGCCCAAGCAUUUGAGACCAGCCAGAAGAACCUAGAUUCUCCCCAAAACAAAAUAAAACAAAAUCCUAGUUUUA